AUGAAGGCUGUCGUGAUCAAGGGCAACGAGGCCUACCUCGACCGGGACCGACCCAAGCCCAAACUCCGCGACGACUACAUCCUCGUUAAGACUGUCGCCGUGGCCCUCAACCCGACCGACUGGAAACACGCCACCUUCGGCCUCGCCGCCGACGGGUGCCUCUCGGGGUGUGACUUCUCGGGUGUCGUCGAGGAGGUCGGCCCCGCCGUGACCAAGUCCUUCUCCAAGGGCGACCGGAUCGCUGGCGUCGCCCAUGGCGGCAACGCGGUGCAGCCCGAGGACGGCGCCUUUGCCGAGUACGUCGUGGCCAAGGGCGACGUGCAGGUCAAGAUCCCGGACUCGCUGGGGUUUGAGGCGGCGUCUACCUUGGUCCUGGGCAUCACCACCGUCAUGCAGGGCCUGUAUCAAAAGGCCCUGAAGCUCAAUUGGCCCACGGACCCGAUCAAGGACAAGACCUACGUCCUCAUCUAUGGUGGGAGCACCGCCACAGGGGCCCUGGGUAUUCAAUUCGCAAAGUUAUCCGGCUACACGGUCAUCACGACCUGCUCGCCCCGCAACUUCGAGUACGUCAAGUCCCUCGGCGCGAGCGACGUCUUCGACUACAAGGACGCGGAGGCGCCGGCCAAGAUCCGCGCCCUGACGGACAACAAGCUCACGCUCGCGUGGGACACGAUCAGCGAAGAGUCGAGCGCGCGGUUCUGCGCCGACGCGCUGUCCAGCUCCUCCCACCCCGGCGUCCUCAAAUACGGCUCCAUCCUGCAGGCCAAGUCGCCCCGGCCCGAAGUCGAGAGCGUCACCACGCUCAUGUACACCAUCUUCGGGGAGCCGUUCACGUUCGGGCCGCAGCAGAUCCCGGCCGUGGACGAGGACUUUGCGUACGCCAAGAAGUUUUUGGCAGUGGUCGAGGACUUGCUCGCGCAGGGCAAGUUGCGGCCGCACAAGGAGCGGGUCGGCAAGGGUGGGUUGGAGGGCGUCUUGCAGGGCCUGCAGGACAUGAAGGACGGGAAGGUCAGUGGAGAGAAACUGGUGUAUUUGGUGGAGGAGACGCCGUGA